GAGGCCGCGCACGUUGCCAUGGUGCCGGGCCGCGGUCCCUUCCGGGUCGGAGGGCGGCCGUUGCCAUCACGCGCCGCGCGGCUUCCGGCGGGAGGAGGAUGGACGCGGACGGGCUGCCGCUGGUCGGCUCCGGCAUCGACCUGACCCGGGUCCCAGCCAUUCAGCAGAAGAGGACAGUAGCGUUCCUUAAUCAAUUUAUUGCACACACUGUUCAGUUUUUGAAUCGUUUCUCAACAGUUUGCGAAGAGAAACUGGCAACACUUUCCCUUCGGAUUCAGCAGAUUGAAACAACGCUGAAUAUUUUGGAGGCAAAGCUUUCAUCAAUACCUGGCCUGGAAGACGUUACACUAGAGCCAUCAAUCCAGAGUCACAAUGUUUCAAAUGGCCCUAAUUCCAACCAGAACCACCCGUCUCCAACACAGGACCAACAAAAUGUUGAACCGUCAAUUCAAAUCAAAGCAGAUUCACCAACAGAAAAUGCUAUUACUGUAGCCAAAGACCCUCGAUAUGCAAGAUACCUGAAGAUGGUGCAAGUGGGGGUUCCUGUAAUGGCCAUUAGGAACAAGAUGAUUUCUGAAGGACUCAACCCUGAACUAUUGGAGACCCCAAAUGCCCUGGUCCCAGACGGGGUUAAGGAGGAUGAUGGGGACAGUUCUGGCAGUGAAUCGUCAUUCAGUGACUGAGAGCUGACAGGGGAAAUUUUGGUUCUGAAACUGGAGCACGUGGAGAGCUGAGUUUGCAGGUUAUUUAUUUAAUGGAGAAGGAUUGAGCUUGGAUUAUAUGUGCCUCUUCUAUUGCUUGUUUGAAAGCAGCUUUAUUCUUGUUUGCAACCAUGUCACUGAUGCAGAUAGGUUCUAAAGCUUGAGAAACCCAUUGCCAGUGUAAAUCAAGUCUUGGUCUGUUCCACUUUGAUUUAUGUAUGAACAUAAUUCUACUGUAAUUUUAGUGCUCUUUUGCACUGUGCAUCUACACAGUUCAGAGCACAGGGGAAUGUUAUUUCUAAUCUGCCUGGCGUUAUAUUAGUUCACGGGUCAUGUGCAUAUUUAUCUUGGGGGAAUAAAUAAACACCCUGCCAGAUAAAUACAAUCCUUUGUUCAAUAUUUUUGAGCACCAAAGUGGGUAAAUGUGAAGACAUUGCUCGUCUUUUGAUCAAAUCUCACAUUCUUGGCAUUUAAGGAAGGGGCUUUUAAACAGGAUGAUGGAUAUGGAGGGAUAUGGAUCACGUGCAGGCAAAGGAGAUUAGUUUAUCUUGGCAUCAUGUACAGCAGAGAGAUUGUUGGCCAAAGAGCCUGUCCCUGUGUUGCACUGUCCUUUUCUAUGUAUUCUGCAGCAGUUCAAGUAGCUGUUGAAGAAUACGUUUCCUUGACCCAAGUUAUUUCAGGACAAGUGUACAGCCAAGUGUGCACCUCGUCACCAGACUGCUCCAUAACGAAUGCUGGAAUAGAACUGGUUCCUCGUGUGUCAAGAACGUUUACUUUUCAUAUAGUAGAAACGGUAGAACAAUGAAAUUCUCACACAGCAGCUUAACAGGCCCAUAAACACAUUAACACACAGAUAAUAUAUAAUGGUCAAAAAUACAAUAUGGGCAGCUGGUAGAGCUGCUGCCUCAUAGCGCCAGAGAGCUGGAUUCGAUCCUGACCUUGGGUGCUGUCUGUGUGGAGUUUGUAUGUGCUCUCUGUUUUCUCCAGGUGCUCCGUAUUCUUCCCACACCCCACGGACUUGUGGGUUUGUAGGUUAAUUAGCCUUUGUAAAUUACCCCUAGUUUGUAGGGAAUGGAUGAGAAAGCUGGAUAUCCUAGAACCAGUGUGAACGGGUGAUCGAUGGUCAGCGUGGAUUCAUUGGACCUGUUUCCAUGCUGUAUCUCUAAACUAAACAAAAUAAUUUAAUAACCAUAAUAGUGCAACCAAAAACACAAUCCAUAGAAGCUGAGGUUAGUGUUGUGCAGUGUUCAAGAGCAUUUUGGUUGCCGGGAAGAAACUGUUGAACCUGGGUGCACCGUUCUCAGGCUCCAUAUAAACAGUGGGUGCGGAUUGAACAGGACGGAUCGGAUGCUUAGCUUUCGGUGAUGCCCCCAAGGCCACACAGGUUUUCAGUCUGAGGAAGAGUCCCAACCCGAAAUGGCACCUAUCCAUGCUCUCCAGAGAUGCUGCCUGACCUGUUGAGUUACUCCAGCACUUUGUGUCUUUCUGUGCGUUUCUGCACCAUUCCGUGUUUUCAAAAUAACAUUGCCAAGCUCGAGGUUAAUGCCAUUCCUCAAAACUGGUGCGAUUCUGAAUGUAGUCUCGUUCACGUUUAUGAUGGGAGGAGAUUCUACAUUGGGAUGCCUACCUAAAUCAAGCAAUUUUUAACAUAAAGCUGCAACUUAAUACUGCUUGAAAGUGAAACCUUUGCUUUAAAAAGAGGUACACUUGAAUCUUUAAUAUCGCACAGUUUAAAGUCUUUGAUUCGAUUGAUGUGUCUGCCAUCAGCAUUUACUACCCACUAUCAAACACUCUAGCUGUUUUCUUUCACGAAAUUAUGAAAAUGACAAGUGGAUUUUGAAAUCAAUUCCAAAUUCAUCUUUACGUUAAGAGGCUGGGGUUUGAGCCAGACUUCAUCUUGAUGCCUCUGGCUUUAACACUGAUAGAAAUCCCUUAUAUAAAUGCUGCAAUUAUUAAAAGCUCCAGCUGUGUAUUUAACAAGGAAAAUCUACCAGUACUCAGAACAGUAGCCAGCUGUUUCAAAAGGAGCAGUCCUUCCAACUUAAUAUUCACCGUUCAUCCGCUUCUCGUGGUUUGGGCGACACAGUGGUGCUGCCUCACUGCACCAGACCCGGGAUCGAUCCUGACCUUCGGGUGCUGUCUGUAUGGAGUUUGCAUGUUCUCCCUGCGUUCCUGUGGGUUUUCUUCAGGUGCUUUGGUUUUCUCCCAAAUCCCAAAGACGUGCAGGUAACAUUGAACUAGUGAGAAUGGUUGAUUGAUAGUUGGCAUGAACUCAGUGGGCCGAAGGGCCUGUUUCCAUGUUAUAUCUUCCAUUUGAUGUUGCAUCAUUUCAAAGAGUGUGUUGAGGGAAAGGUAUUGUAAUUUGUCCAGGGGUUCUGAAACCCUCUAGAUAACUAAAAAAAAAAGGACACAAAAUGCUGGACUUGGGUAGGCAGCAUCUCUGGAGAACAUGAAUGGGUGGCAUUUCAGGUCGGGACCCUUGUUAGGAACCGACCCGAAAUGUCACCUAUCCAUGUUCUCCAGAGAUGCUGCGUGACCCUUAGGGUUACUCCCACACUUUGUGUCUUUGUGUGGAAAACAAGCAUCUGCAGUUCCUUGUUUCCAUGACUAGAUAAAUUGUAUUAUUUCUUUCCUGUUUAUUUAGCAAUUCAGUCUGUCACCAGUCUGUUACUAGCAAGCUGUUGAUCUUUGCUAGUCUCGUCUCAUCUCUCUUCCCUGCAUUGUUUUUAUAUGUACAUUCUUGCUUCAUUUGAAUUCAGGAUGUUAAUUGACUCGGAACUACCCAGUUUCACGUGAUUUUAAGACAUUUUGUGAUGAUAUAGCAAGCAGUUUCCUAGGGUUGCUCAAAGUCAAGAGUGUUUUAUUAUCAUAUGUCCCAGUUAGAACAAUGAAAUUCUGACGCAGCAAGCAGCACAACAGAAUAUAUAAACAUUGAACACUGUAAACAAUAUAAUAAACGAGAAAAAAAAGUUUAGUGUGUAUAUGUAUGCACCUACAAGUGGUCCAUAUCUCUACCUUUGAUGAAGAUAUCCCUCAGUCCUUCCUUUAAUAUUACAUGGCCAACUCAUUUUAAAUGACCCGUAACUGCAUUCCUUUCAUUUUGUGAACUGCCUUAUUUUAUAUGAUUUAAUUAAUAAAUCUUUAAACAAUUUUUACUUCA